UCGUGGGUGAGCACUGGGGGCACAGGGCAGGGCUGGCCUUCCCCUGAGCUCCCUGGAGAGCCCACCCUGGGCCCAGCGUGGACACGCAGUGUUGGAAUGCUCACUUACUUUUUUUUGUGGUGAAACUCAGAAAAUGAGCAGUUAAAAUGAUGAGUCACUGGCAUCUAGAGUGUUCACGGGGUCGUGCAGCCAGCACCUCCAUCUUGUUCCGGAACAUUCUCAUCACCCCCAGUGGAGACCCCACACCUGUUAGCAUUCACUCCCCGUCUCCUUCCCACAGUCCUGGGCACCCACAGAGCUGAGGCAAGCAGACUGGGUGUCAGGUGGGACUUGAGUGAAGAGUGUAGGGGACAGGAUGGGGAGGGGACCCCAGGAUGCCAGGGCACUGAGGCCAUGGGGGUUCUUUAAAAAAAGCAGUGUUGGGAUUUGGUUUGGGGGAUAUUUAAAUAAAAUUUUACGUUAUCUGACUCUAAACGUAGUAGUGCUUGCUUGCUGCAGAAAAUAUGAAGGUGCAGACCUCUAGAAGGGAUAAAACCUCCCAGACUCCCAGCAACAGGACGACCACUGCUCACAUUCUGGGAUGUUUUCUUCCAGUUUGUUUUUUUAACAUAGUUGUGACCCACAUUUAUAAACAGUUCCAUAUCCUGCCUCUUUUUUUUUUUUUCUAUUUUCUUAUUGAGGUAUAAUUGAAGUAGACUAAACUGCAUGGUUAAAGUCUGCAAGUUGAUGAGUUUUGAUAUGUGUGUGUGUGUGUGUGUAACCAAAACCAAACCAAACCUGUUGCUGUCGAGUUGAUUCCGACUCACAGCAGCCCAAUAGGACAGAGUAGAACUGCCCCAUAAGGUGUAUAUGCGUGUACGUAUAUACACCACCCAGAAAGAAAACAGUGCCAGGAGCAGAGCGUGUCCUUUGGACCUGACGUUCCUUCAUGGAGCAGCUCCUAGGCCAAGGGAAGAUCGAUGUGUAUACAUAUAUAAAACCACUGCUCCACCAGGGAUAUAUAUAUUAUUGUUAGUUGCCGUCAAGUCUAUUCUGACUCACGGUGACCCCAUGUAUGCAGAGUAGAACUGCUCCAUAGGUUUUUCAAGGCUGUGAUCUUUCGGAAGCAGAUUGCACAAUUCAAUCCAUGACAAGGGUCUGUUUUUCACUGACUCUACCUUACUAAGCAUGAUGUCCUUCUCCAGGGACCGAUCCCUCCUGACAACAAGUCCAAAGUAUAUGAGAUGCCGUCUCGCCAUCCUUGCUUCUAAGGAGCAUCCUGGUUGUACUUCUUCUAAGACAGAUUUGUUUGUUCUUUUGGCAGUCCAUGGUAUAUUCAAUAUUCUUCGCCAGCACCACAGUUCAAAGGUGUCAAUUCUUCUUCAGUCUUCCUUAUUCAUUGUCCAGCUUCCAUAUGCGUAUGAUGCGAUUGAAAAUACCAUGGCUUAGGUCAGGCGCACCUUAGUCUUCAAGGUGACGUCUUUGCUCUUCCACACUUUCAAGAGGUCCUUUGCAGCAGAUUUGCCCAAUGCAAUGCGUCUCUUGAUUUCUUGACUGCUGCUUCCAUGGCCGUUGAUUGUGGAUCCAAGUAAAAUGAAAUCCUUGACAACUUCAAUCUUUCCUCCGUUUAUCAUGAUGUUGCUCAUUGGUCCAGUUGUGAGGAUUUUUGUUUUCUUUAUGUUGAGGUGCAAUCCAUACUGAAGGCUGUGGUCUUUGAUCUUUAUUAGUAAGUGCUUCGAGUCCUCUUCACUUUCAGCAAGCGAUGAGAUGGAUUAGUGGCAGUUCUAUUGAUGAGAUCUACAAGAUUAGGUAGUGUCUUACGCCAAUCUCUUUUGAGAUACAAAAGAGAGAAGUGAGAAGAGAGACACAGGGACCUCAUGCCACCAAGAAAGCAGUGCUGGGAGCAAAGCAUGUCCUUUGGAUCUGCAGUGCCUGUGCUAAGAUGCUCAUAGGCCAAGGGACAGUUGAUGACGUGGACCUUCCUUCAGAGCCAACAGAGAAUGCCGUCCCCUGGAGCUGACGCCCUGAAUUUGCACAUGUAGCUCAGUAGACUGUGAGAGAAGAAAUUUCUUUUUGUUAAAGCUACCGACUUGUGGUAUUUCUGUUACAGCAGCACUAGAUAACUAAGACAACCCUCAACAAGAUGGACCGACACAGUAGCUGCAACAGAGGGUUCGAGCAUAACAACGAUGGAUGCCAUAAUCUGACAUAUAAACAUGUCAUCCAUCUAAAACUAUUCUGGUGUAUGGCUUGAGGAGACAGCUUGUUCCCCGACGCUGGCUCUGCAGCGCGACGCCGCCUUUAUCCGUGCUGAGCCCUCACACUUGGCUGGGCUGUUUCUCGGCUGUUUCCCCCAGUCGUCCACCCGUUGUCCACUUUUGCCACAGGCCCAUGUGGUUUUAGUUAGGGUCGCUGGAAAGACGGCGCCCCCCUCAGCGAACUCUCCUGGUCGUCCUCUCUGGCCGUGGUGGCCGUGUCCUUCUCUGGGCUCCUCACUGUCAUCGUCCUCAUGCUGGCCUGCCUCUGCUGUAAGAAGGGCGGCAUCGGGUUCAAGGAGUUUGAGAAUGCUGAGGGGGAUGAGUACGCAGCCAGCUUUUCGGCACACGGCUCCCCAGUGGCCGCAGCGCGGAGCGGCCCUGACGUGUACAUCCUACCACUGGCCGAGAUCUCACUGCCCGCUGCGAAGCAGCCAGGCCGCUCAGUGCAGCUCCUCAAGUCCACAGACCUGGGCCGGCACAGCCUCCUGUACCUGAAGGAGAUUGGUCACGGCUGGUUCGGGAAGGUGUUCCUGGGGGAGGUGAACUCAGGCAGCAGCAGCAGCCAGGUGGUGGUGAAGGAGCUCAAGGCCAGCGCCAGCGUGCAGGAGCAGAUGCAGUUCCUGGAGGAGGUGCAGCCCUACAGGGCCCUGCAGCACAGUAACCUGCUCCCAUGCCUGGCGCAGUGCACAGAGGUGACACCCUACCUGCUGGUGAUGGAAUUCUGCCCACUGGGCGAUCUCAAGGGUUACCUGCGGAGCUGCCGGGUGGCGGAGUCCAUGGCGCCUGACCCGCUGACCUUGCAGCGCAUGGCCUGCGAGGUGGCCUGUGGGGUCCUCCACCUGCAUCACCACAACUACGUGCACAGUGACCUGGCCCUGCGUAACUGCCUGCUCUCGGCUGACCUGACGGUCAAGAUCGGCGACUAUGGCCUGUCACACUGCAAAUACAGAGAGGACUACUUGGUGACGGCUGACCAACUGUGGGUGCCGCUGCGCUGGAUUGCGCCCGAGCUGGUGGACGAGGUACACAGCAACCUACUGGUGGUGGACCAGACCAAAGCCAGCAAUGUGUGGUCCCUGGGGGUGACCAUCUGGGAACUCUUUGAGCUGGGUGUACAGCCCUACCCGCACCACUCGGACCGCCAGGUGCUGGCCUAUGCCAUCAGGGAACAGCAGCUCAAGCUGCCCAAGCCCCAGCUGCAUCUGCCCCUGUCUGACCGCUGGUACGAAGUGAUGCAGUUCUGCUGGCUGCAGCCGGAGCAGCGGCCCACGGCCGAAGAGGUGCAUCUGCUGCUGUCCUAUCUGUGCGCCAAGGGCGCCACUGAGGCGGAGGAGGAGUUCGAGAGGCGCUGGCACUCUCUGCGGCCCGGCGGGGGUGGCGAGGGUGGCGGCGCGGGCCCCGGGGCGGGGUUCGUCGGCCCGGCGCUGGGCGGCGCGGCCGAGCUGGCUGCCGCCUCGUCCUUCCCGCUGCUGGAGCAGUUUUCAGGCGACGGUUUCCACGCGGACGGCGACGACGUGCUGACGGUGACCGAGACGAGCCGCGGCCUCAACUUCGAGUACAAGUGGGAGGCGGGCCGCGACGCCGAGGCUUUUCCGCUGCCGGGCGGCGCGCCGAGCCCGGGCCGCGCCGCGCGCCUGCAGGAGCUGUGCGCCCCCGACGGCGCCCCUCCCGGCGUGGUGCCCGUGCUCAGCGCGCGCAGCCCCUCGGUGGGCAGCGAAUACUUCAUCCGCCUGGAGGAACCCGCCGCUGGCCACGACUCCGACUGCGCCGGCUGUGUCCACAGCCCACACGCCGCGCGCCCCGACUACGACGACGACGACGACGACGACUCGGAUGGCAGCGCCGCUGCCUCGCUGGCCAUGGAGCCGCUGCUGGGCCAUCCGCCCCCCACCGGCGGCCUCUGGGGCCACUGCGACCACUUCCCUCUCAGGAGCCGCGCUCGGGUCCCGGCCGGCUCCUCGCGCUCGCUCUCGCGCUCGCCGUCGCCCCGUGCCCUGAUGCUAGCGGAGCCAAGCGCAGAGGACGCCGGCUGGGGAGCGGCCGCCUUCUGCCCGGGUUUCUUCGAGGACCCGCUGUGCGCGUCACCCUCGUGGAGCUCCGGGGCCAGGCCAUCGCCGGGCGGGGAGGAGCCAGGGGAGGCCGAGGCGCACAGGGCGGCCCAGCACAGACACUGGCGCUCCAACAUGUCGGCCAACAACAACAGCGGCAGGGGCCGCCGCGCACCGGAAUCGUGGGGCCCGGGCUGCGCAGACGGCUGCCCUGGCGCAGAGCAGAGCCCCCUAGCUGAGCCUGAGCCAGGCCACCUCCUGGCCCAGGAGGACCCGGGAGAGCCUCUCUUUGGGCCGCAGACAGCUUUCCCUGAUCAGGAGCCAGGCCACUGCCUCGGACUCCCCCAUAUUUGCCCUGCUCAGGGCCUGGCCCUUGGCACCAUCGUGUCCCCGUGGGCAGACGCAGCUGUGAGUGGGGACGAGGACCCUGGGGCAGAGCCCAGGCUUGCCAAGGAGGCUGGGGGCUCCCACAGACCCCAGCUGCGUCUUCCUUCUGUGCCCUCUCCCUCCCAGGAGGGAGCCCUACUUCCCGCAGAGGAGGCCCCUGCCACCCUACCUGCCUCGCCCACACCUGCUGCUGGCAGCCGGGCCACUGCCACCGAGCCGGCAGGGACCCCUGACAGCUGCGGCAGCUCCCCUGAGCCUGAUGUGCCCGGCAGUGAGGACGAGGACACGACUGAGGCCACUUCAGGCGUCUUCACAGACUUGUCCAGCGAUGCGCCCCCCACGGAGAAGUUGGAUGGGGCGCCAGCCUUCCGUUCCCUGCAGAAGCAAGUAGGGACCCCCGACUCCCUGGACUCCCUAGACAUUCCAUCCUCGGCCAGUGACGGCGGCUGUGAGGUCUUAAGCCCGUCAACCACUGGUACUCCUGGUGGGCAGCCCCGCGCCCUGGACAGCGGAUACGACACCGAGAACUACGAGUCCCCGGAGUUCGUGCUCAAGGACACACACGAGCUUGUAUCUGAGGGCGAGAGCCCGGGGCCCGAGACGGGGCUGUCUGCCUCCCUGGGUGGCGGCCUCAGCGACAAGAACCCCUACCGCGACUCGGCCUAUUUCUCAGACUUCGACGCCGAGCCCGAGCUCUCCAUGGGCGCUGCCGAGAAGCUCAGCUGUGUCGUCCGUGCCCCCGCGCCAGAGCCGGGACUAAAGAGCCCGCAGAGCCCCGCGCUACAGUCUGCGCAGAGCUGCCUGGUGCCCGGGCUACCCGGGGAAGCGCAGGACGCUGGCCCCAGAGAGGCAUCCCCGCCGCCGCCGCCACCAGAGGAGGAGUCAUCCCCGGAGCCCAGUGCCUGCCCAUGGCUCCAAGGCCAAGCCCAGGCGCCGCUCGUGCCCAGCCCCGGCCGCUCCAAGUUUUUCCGGCUGACUCCGGUCCUGCCAGGCUCAGAGAACAACCAUCCUGAGCCCCAGGAGGCCCCUCAGGAGCGGACAGGGGCGAGCGGCAGCCCCAGGGUGCCUGUUGGGGAGCGGGCGGCAGGAGUGGGAGCCCCCAGAACCCCGCUCUGCCUGGCCCUUCCGGGCCUGGCCCCCGAGGGCAGGCCAGACGAGGACGAGGAGGACAGCGAGGACAGUGACGAGUCGGACGAGGAGCUUCGAUGCUACAGCAUCCAGGAGCCAAGCGAGGAGAGCGAGGAAGAGGUGCCCCCCGUGCCCGUGGUGGUGGCUGAGAGCCAGAGCGCAGGCAACCUGCGCAGCUUGCUCAAGAUGCCCAAUUUGCUCUCCGAGGCCUUCUGCGAGGACCUGGAGCGCAAGAAGAAGGCCGUGUCCUUCUUCGACGACGUCACGGUCUACCUCUUCGAUCAGGAGAGCCCCACCCGCGAGCUCGGGGAGCCUUUCCCAGGCGCUAAGGAGGCGCCCCCCACGUCCCUGGCGGGCAGCCCCGGCUCUCCCAGCGCCCCCUGCCGGCUGCAGCGGGCCAACGACCACGCCCCGGACCGCACCGCGGCGGCAGAGGGCGGCGGGUUCGAGUGGGACGACGACUUCCCCCUGAUGCCGGCUGAGGAGGCCUUGGCGACAGCGCUGGGCGCCGGGGCGGUGGAGCCCACCCGGUCGGCGUCGCCCAAGCCGGCCACUCCGGGCCCCUUCUCCCGCUUCACCGUGUCGCCCGCGCCCGGGUCCCGCUUCUCCAUCACGCACGUCUCGGACUCGGACGUAGAGGCUGUGGGAGGUCCUGCCCGAGGCACUGGGGGCAGCUGUACAGAGGCUUGAGACCAGGUAGCACCAACCUCUAGGAGGUUGCGGCUGCAGCUGCUGCUGUCUGCUCCAGGCUGAGUCGAGGAUGGUGACCAAGAGUGAUGGCAGCAACUUUUGGCCCCUCGGGCCUCACAGGCGCAGGGCAGGACAGAAGCCUGGCUGGGGCUGUGAACAAGGCUUGGGACCUGUCCCCAGUUUGCUUGGGGCCUGUCCCCAGGUUGCUUGGGGCAGGCUUGUUCCAGACACCUGGGUUUGCUGCUAGAACCCCCCCAUAGCUCCUCCCCACCUGCAGCCCCUGGGGCUGUGGGCAUCCAUGCACUCACACACAUACAUGUCCAAGGGUAGAGCCCCGUCGGCAGCGCCUCCCCUGCCCUGGCCAAUGUGGCUGAACUGCUGGGCAUCUGACCCCUGCCCUCAGGCCGUGGGGGCUUGCCCGUCCUCGCGGCUUGCUCCUGCUGUGAGAAUAAUCCAAGGAUGCUGUGCCAUGCCCAGGUGGGAUGGAGUCAGGUGUGUGCGCAUCUCCUGCCUCCAUCGUUUCUCCACGUGGGAGAAGAGGACCCCUGGACUCGCCUGCCCUCUACCCUUGUACCCACUUCACUGACUCUAGGUGGCCCUUGAGCCCUCCUCCCCAACAGGGUCUGGACUGCCUGCCACCUGGGUCCUGUUGCUGGAGCUUGGGAGUGGGGGACCCUAGUGGGCAGCCAGGAAGAUGGGGAGCUUCUGGGCCACCCCUGGCUGCGGGGCCUGUUCUAGAGGUGCCCGUGACAGGGCUGGGCAGAUGGCCCCUCUGCAGGGCACUGCCCAGUGCUCCAGCUGCCAAAGGGAAGUGGGGGCCACACCCCUGUCCACUGUCUACAGGGAAGGGCUGGGCAGGGAGGGCGGGCCAGGCGGGGGGCCUGGCAGCUGGGGGUUAUUUUUGUAACUGCUGUCGUCAGAGUGAAUGGACCGGGAUGGUUUUAAGUUAUUGUUGCCAAAGAGAUGUAAGAUUUAUUGUUGCUUUUGGGGUGGGAGCGGGGACCUGUCUUUCGUUUGUGUCUUUUGUUAUUUGAGGCUUAGAAUGCUGGUGCAAUGGUUUUUUUUUUUUUUUUAAACAGAAAUCAUGCUAAGGAAAAAAGCCCUCAUGCUAAGUGUGUCUUUUUGGGGGGUGGGGAGGGAAGCUGCCUGUCCUCACUGCCCUUGGGGCACCUGGUGGAGCCACAGCCUGGAGGUCUCCUGCAGCCUGCUCCAGUGUGCUUGGGGUCUCUUGUCCUGCCUGGGACCCCUGGCUACAGCCUGUACCAGUGCCAUGCCCAGGUAAGGGUGAAGAGGGUAGCCCCCAGCUCCCAGCCCAGCCCCGGCCUGGACAGGUGGGAGGCAGGGAGCUUUGAGGAGCCAGGGUGCUAUGCACCCCGCAAGUCACCCUACUCAGGCCCCCUCCACUGGUCUGUUUGUAGCUGUGAUUGGCUGGAAGGCCAGCGGAGAAGGUUGGCGCUGGGCCUUUGGGUGGCCUUGGGCCUGGAGCAGCAGCUCCCCCAGCCGAGGCUGAGAUCCCCCAGGCCUAUGGUGCAGCAGCUCCCAGCUGCCUGGGGAAACCAGCAGGCCCCUCAGGGUCCUCAGGACAAACGUGCAGCAUGGGGACAGCUGGGCCCAGAGACCCUGUGCCACCUCCCCAUUGGCCGCCCUCAUCCUGGGCCUACCUUACGUCUCCUGCCCCCCCCACCCCAUGCUCUCCUGACCAUGCCCCAGGUGAAGCAGCAGAGGGCAGCUGUGGGGCUGGGGGACAAGAGGGCCUGAGCUGCUGUCUCGAUGAGCCCCCUGCCACAGGAUCAGUUAUCAGCCCCGCAGGGCUCCUGGGGCUGUCCUUGGCCCUAGGGUGGCCCUGCCUUAGCGUGUCCCCCCAUCCCAAGAAAUGGGCCCAGAAGGGUGGAGGAAGGGCAAAGGCAGGAGGCCAGAGUGCUGCCUGGUAUCCCACACCCGCCCCAUCCUGGGAAGGGGGAUUGCAGUUAGGUCAGGGAUUCCAGACUUUCCUUUAAGGGCCUGUGAGGAGUGGGCUCUGCCUGAGACCCCCCACCCCCGCCACCCAGUCCUCCUAGCUACAGACUGUUGUUAAGAGCAUAAGUCACCUUGGCUGUAGUGCACCCAAAAAGGCCAAAU